AGGGGAGGCUCUUCUGUGGACGGACAGCUCCAAAGAGGACCGUGGGGGUCCUUGGGGAACCCGGGCAUGAUCAGUUGAAUCCUAAUUGAUUAAUCCUGACAGUGUUCCAUUCUAGUACACCCUGUGUCUACUGGUAGCAGGAUUCCAAGUCCUGUGUACAAAAUAUGUAUAGAAAUCAUGCUACAUCUUGCCUUUAGAGUUCAGAGCUGUGGGUCUACUGCCAACCCUGCUGUUGUUCCAUCUCAUCAGAACCUUUCUUUUCACAGCAGGGGUCCUUCCCUCUCCCCUUUCAUUUCAGUUGUAUAGGGAUUUUCACUGAUGGAAUCCCAAUCUUCUAAGCAGAAAGCCCUUUGUGAGCAGACUGGAAAACCCCUCUUCAUAGAAUUACAGCAGAGAAAAGCUCUCAGGUGCCCCUGUUAACAUCCACGUGUCUGAAUCAAGACCCGACUUGGUUAAGCUGUGUCCUUUGUGCUCACGCAUCACUCCAUCUCUUCUACGUGUCAGGCUAAGUUCACACAUUGCUGGAUAAAUGAACUUGAGAUUUCAUUGCCCUAAGACCCCACAGGAGCAAGUCUCUGACAUCAAGAUUUACCUAUCAAUUCAUUAGAAAAAAUGUAUUUGGAAAUAAAGAUCUCUGGGCAUUCACACUACCAGGCUUUAUGCUGGGGGCUGGAGUUAAAAAUAUGAAUAUGGUGUGGCCUCUGGCCUUGAGGUGAUCACAGACCUGCAUGGAUGAUUGGCAAUUAGCGGACAACUGAAAUCACCCAGGAUGAUGAGUGCCACCAUGGCAUCAGUGCAGGCUGUGAGAAGACUGGGGAAUCUAUACCAGUGGGUGGGUAGUAGUCAGAGAAAGCUUCUCGGAGCAGGUGACUCUGGGGCUGGGUGUUGGAGGAAUACACACAGUUCACCAGGCAAAGAGGGAGGAAAGGAUCUAAAAAGCCGGGUCUUUGCUAGACCUUGAUGUGUGUGUGUGCGUGUGUGCAUGUGGCAUGUGGGCCUGUGCACACGAGACUGGGCAGCCGAAGGAACGCCUGGCAAGAGAUGAGGCUGGGUGGAUUAUGAAGGGGGCUUUGUAUGUCAUGCUAAGGAGCUUGGAGUUUAUCCCCAAAGCCCCGAGGAGCUAUUGAAAGGGGUUUUAAGCAGGGGAGCACCAUGAUCAGAUUUGUGUGUUAGGAGGAUCAUACCCUGGCCGCCUUGUGGAGGAGGGAACGGAGGGACCAAAGCUGGAGGCAGGGAUAUCAGUCAGGAUUUCUUAGGAUUUUCUCUGUGGUUUUACAAAUCUGAUGAAUCUGGCUGGGGUGGGCCUGGCAAACACCAGCUUAGAGGGAAAAUAAAAACUCUAGAGACCCAUCUGAAAUGGCUUCCAGCUCAGUCUAAUGCUACCUUCAUUUGCUGAUUGCCAAGCCUGCCACCCCCACCCUAGCCUAAAGGACCCCCAAACUUAUUCCAGAUCCCUGCCCUCCCUAGAGGCUGCCAGGGUUUGAUCAGAAAGGAUCUUGCCGGUCUGGGCCCCUCUGGACCAUUGCCCCUGGAAUGCCAGGCCACAAGAGCCCAAACAUUGUCUUUCCUCUCACACCCAGCUGGCUGGCCGCAGUGCACAGAGCAGCCAUUGAGGGGCUUGUGGGUCUGGCCAGGGGCCCAGGCCAUGUUAGUAACGGGCAGCAGCUUAGUCACGUUCAUAGGAGCCUUUCUUCCUGGGACAAGCCUGUCCUUGUGCUACGGGCCAUCCUCACACGGCAGCCCAGCCCCCAGCAGCUGCAGAACCCCCUGCCAGCUGCUGCCAGUGCACUCCAGAGGCACUACCAGGGGAACCAAAGCCCAGCAUGAGAGCUGAGUGCUGGGGGCGGGCAGACACCCCCGGAAGGCCGCUCUGACAGCCCUGCGGCCUUCUCCACACCAGAUUUCUGAGCCAGGAGGCGAGAGUCGGUAGAGCUCAGGGAUGGCGAAGUUCGUGAUACUCGGGCAGAAGCUGCAGCUACAGGGCCCAGCGGCUGGAGAUAAGUGAUGGUGCUGUUUGAGCACCUACUGGAAAUGAGGCAGGAGGAACAAUAACCCCAGGAGAGCCAGGCUGGUGCCAGGAUGCAGAGAUGAGGCUUCUGGAGGCCCCGGCCUCCCCCUCACCUGGGUGCUAGGGGCCAUCCUGGGCUCCAGCCAGGGCCCUGCCGCCCAGGGGCAUGGCCAAACCUUUCUUCCGACUCCAGAAGUUUCUCCGCCGAACACAGUUCCUGCUGUUCUUCCUCACAGCCGCCUACUUGAUGACCGGCAGCCUGCUGCUCCUGCAGCGGGCCCGUGUGGCCCUCCCGCAGGGCCCCCCAAGGCCCAGCCCCCUGCAGGCCUUACCCGUGGCUGCCAUGGCACUGGGUGUGGGCCUGCUGGACAGCAGAGCCCUGCACGACCCCCAUGUCAGCCCAGAACUGCUGCUUGGCGUGGACGUGCUGCGGAGCCCCCUGGCCCAGCCCCGGCCAGGACCCCGCUGGCUCCGCAGCCGGAACUCGGAGCUGCGUCAGCUCCGGCGCCGCUGGUUCCAUCACUUCAUGGGUGACCCCCAGGGGCUGCCCGCCCAGGGCCCUGAGGCCCCCAGGCCAGUUGCCAGCAGCAGAGGCACAUACGUCGGAUGCUUCAGUGAUGAUGGCCGGCAGAGAACUCUGAAGGGUGCUGUGUUUUUUGACUUGAGAAAGAUGACUGUCUCCCACUGCCAGGAUGCAUGUGCUGAGCGAUCCUACGUCUACGCUGGCUUGGAGGCCGGGGCAGAGUGCUACUGUGGGAACCGGCUCCCGGUGAUGAGCGUCGGGCUGGAGGAAUGUAACCAUGAGUGCAAAGGGGAGAAGGGUUCCGUGUGCGGGGGUGUUGGCCGGCUCUCUGUGUACCGGGUGGAGGAGCUGCAGCCGGGCUCCAGGAAGCGGAGGACUGUCAUGUACCGCGGGUGCUUCAAGCUGCCAGAGAACAUCACAUAUGCCUUCCCCGACUCCCUGGUCCAGGCCAACGUGACAGUGGACAUGUGCUCAGGAUUUUGUUCCCAGAAAGAGUUCCCCUUGGCCAUCCUCAGGGGCUGGGAGUGCUACUGUGCCUACCCCACCCCCGAGUUCAACCUGCGGGAUGCCGUGGAUGGCUCACUGUGUGGCCAGGGGCCUGAGGUACAGAGGCUGGCGGAGUACUGUGAGGUCUACCAGACACCCGUGCAGGACACCCGAUGCACAGACAGGAAGUUCCUGCCCACCAAGUCCAGGGUGUUCGUGGCUUUGUCAAGCUUCCCAGGAGCAGGGAACACGUGGGCACGGCACCUCAUCGAGCACGCCACGGGCUUCUACACCGGGAGCUACUACUUUGACGGGACGCUCUACAACAAGGGGUUUAAGGGCGAGAAGGACCAUUGGCGGAGCCGGCGCACCAUCUGUGUGAAGACCCACGAGAGUGGCAGGAGGGAGAUUGAGAUGUUUGACUCAGCCAUCCUGCUGAUCCGGAACCCAUAUAGGUCCCUGGUGGCUGAAUUCAACAGGAAAUGUGCCGGGCACCUGGGCUACGCGGCUGACCGCAACUGGAAGAGCAAAGAGUGGCCGGACUUCGUCCACAGCUAUGCGUCCUGGUGGUCCUCGCACGUCCUGGACUGGCUCAAGUACGGCAAGCGGCUGCUGGUCGUGCACUACGAGGAGCUGCGGCGCAGCCUGGUGCCCACGCUGCGGGAGAUGGUGGCCUUCCUCAACGUGUCUGUGAGCGAGGAGCGGCUGCUCUGCGUGGAGAACAACAAGGAAGGCAGCUUCCGGCGGCAUGGUCGGCGCCCCCACGACGCCGAGCCCUUCACCCCGGAGAUGAAGGACUUGAUCGAUGGCUACAUCCAGACAGUGGACAAGGCCCUGCGUGACCACAACUGGGCUGGGCUGCCCAGGGAGUAUGUGCCCAGAUGAUAGGCCCCGGCUGUCUCUGCCCGCCUCCUGAGUGCCGGCCGCCCCCGUAGGGCUGCAUUGCUCUCCGAUGCUACACAGCCGUCUCGCUUGCACCGCCAGCAGGGAGGCCCGCUGGGUGCUAUCUGCCUCACGCAGGGAGACCCGGACACAAGCCCUUUGCCCACCCAGGCAGACACGAUGUCACAGGAUGAACACAAACGGGCACAUGGGCCUCGCCAUGCUCAGACAUGCCAUCGUAUGCUCACAGCCCCCGUUCGGAGUUGCCCGAGCCACCACGCAGGGUGCACCAGCCCCUCCCAGACUUGCAGAUGCAGUCACACACAGAUGGCAGGUUAUCCACUCCCAGAGGCUGUCUGUCGUCUUUCUUACACACAGACACCAUUUGCACCCUGGGUUCUCAGAGGCCCAAGGCUUCCUGUUUCCAGCCCAGCGCAAACUGGCUUGUCAGGGUUCCUGACUCCAGGAUGCUGGGCUGUGUGGGCAUCAGUGCUGUGAGCCACAAGGACUUGGCUUGGGGAGGGCUCACGGACUGUUGCUGCUGAGCCUUGGGGCCCUGACUGCAUGUCUGACGUCCUGUAAAUGUGUGUGGUGUGACAGUCAGGCACCACAAAUACUUAAGCGCUGCCUCUCCCUUCUCUGCAGAUGGGCUGGUGGCACUGUGGACAGUGCAGAGUCCCCAGACACACACCGACCUAAGGAUCUGCCCCAAAUGCUAUGUAUCCCCUACCCCCUUCCAACGUCAGCCCUCCUUAGAGUGGGGCCUCCUUGCCUGGACUCUUCCCUGAAUGACCCCUGGGGAAGCCAGGGAUUCACACCAGGCCCCAGAAGUAGGGUGUAAGGGAAAGAAGACAGUGAGACAGGGUGAGGGUGGGCCCCCAGGGGAGCCCUAGACCUGAGGGGCCCCUACGCCAGCAGGAGGGGCCUUGGUGGGCAUGGGGAGACCCAGGAGGGAUGGGUCUUGGGAUUCAAUGUACGGUCACCCCACCCAUCUUGACAGGUAGGUGCCUGCAGUCUGUGGAGUCCCGCCCUGGAGUCAUGAGGAAGGGGGGCUGCAUGACCAGCAGCACAGCCCUGAGGAAGGGGCUGUAGUUGCAGCUUCUGUCUGACCCCCCACCCUGGUGGCCAAGGCCUCUCUGUCUCCCUGUUAUUCACCUACCACUUCCUGUCACCGGGCCUCUUCCACACCCUUUGUCUCUAUUUCUGCAAGGCUGACAUCUUUCCCACUUGUUCAUCCGUUUCCUCAACAAAAGGGGCAGGAUGCUCACUGGUGCCCACUGUGUCCUGGCCUGGGGAGAGGGGAGAGGACAGAUAAUAAAGGCCCCACUUGCCACCCCCUGCUGGGCAGAGGAAGGGUUGUCACAAAUGGGAGUAAGAGACCCAAUAACACAGGGGCAUGUGCGCUGGGCAGGCUCACGGGGGGUCAGCCUUUGUGCCUCGGGUCUUCGGGGAAUGCAUCACAGUGCCUUUGCAUGGGUCAUGAGGACUCUGUAGGAAUCUUCCCAGCAAAGUUAGAGGGGACAGAUAAUUGUAGCAGAGAGAACAGCAUGUGCAAAGGCUCAGAGGCUGGAAAACCCUGGAGUGUUUUACAAAACAGGUUGAUUGGGUGUGGGGGCAUAUGUGUCUCCCUGAGUCAGUGGAAGGACAGGAGUGGGUAGGUGAGGACAGAGGUGGGGACCCAGAAGGGGACUGUCCUUACAGUCACGACUAUAAGGACUCCCACAGCAGCCCUUGGGUCAGCUCAAAGCUGGAGACAGCAGCGGGGCCUCACUGGGGCUGCAUGGCUCUCAUCCAGGCUGAGCAGAGGUGCUGAUGCUGAUUAGCUUCUCAGGUCACCCUUCAGUAUUGGGUACAAGAAUAAGGCUGUGGGGAGCAGGGGGCUCAGGUCUAGACAUGGGGGUGGACUGAAUGCACAGCACAGGGCAGCCAAGACACAGGGAGGGUCAUGGGGAGUUUGGUUGCCCGCUGACCCCUGUGGGAGGGAGGAAGGUGGGUGGGCCUGAACUUGGGCAGCCCUGAGCCCCUCUGCAGCUUCUCCAGUUCUGGGGCAACCCCUCCAGGCCCCUUGGUCUGACCUCCCCUCAAUCUGAGCCAGGCUGCCCUGGGAAGAGAUAAUGGGGUGAGGGGUUUAGGAAAAGUGGGCAUCAAAUGCUCAGAUCCUCUACCCCCUGGUCAGCAAUGAGGAGCUGAGGGUCACCCCUAGUGAGGACAGGCAGGUUGGAGGGCCGUGCAGGGCCACCCCCUCCUCAGAGGGAAGCCUCCCUAGCCCUCGGCCUUGCCAGUGAGUGGGCCUGAGCACCUGUGCUCCUGGGUGCCUCCAAGUCCUUCUGGAGUUUCCUCCAAACCCACAGUGACCCCCAGGCCGUUCCAACUCCCACAGCAGCCCUCCAGGAGCCCACCAGGAGUUUCCACCCUGCCAUGGAAGGGGCCCAAGGGAUACCCACAUUCCCGAGCAGACCUAGAGUCUCAGUGGAGGCAGCCGCACUGGCAGGUGGAGAAGAGGGAAGCGACCUCCCCCUGAGACGGGCUCCACAGCUCAGGUCCUCGCUCUUCCUGGCCUCCCAGAUGAUCUUCAGGGGAGAGGACUCAGAGGCCGUGGAGGACCAACUGUGUCCUCAGCCAGGGCAUGGACUCCUCCCACCCCACCGUAGGGGUCAGUCCUCUCCUCCUGGUGGGUGGCUCAGGAUGUCCCCUGUGCCCAGGACCCAGAGACUUCCUCUCCUUCCCAGCAGACUGCCACCUGCUCAGAUGGCACCUUGGCCAGGCAUGCAGAUGACUAGAAUCAUGAGGUCGGGGUACAUCCAGGCUGCGCUACAUCAGACAACUUGGCCAGACACUGACCCUUGGCUAGUACUCCCAGAUGUGGGAUGAGCAAGAGGUAGAAGGGCCUGCUUCUGCUGCUGGUUGUUGGCAGCCGUCACCCUAGGCCUGCCUCUGUGGGAGAGCUCAGAAACACAGGGAGACGGAUCUGUCUGUCCUCUGGGGCAAGUCCGUUUGUCUCUCUCUGAAUGAGGUCUCAUCUGUUGCUCUCAGCUUCUCCAUAAAGAGGAAACGGUCCCAGCCAGCCAAGGAGGAAAAACGGGUCUGUAGGGGAGACAUGUUGCAGAUGCAUCAGGAGCCAAUCAGAACAGAACAGCAAAACCACGACUGUCUAUAGACCCCAACUUUACUGGCAAGGCUGUGGAGUUACACAAACCUGUGUUAAAACGUAAUUUUCAUGGAUUUCAUUUCCCGUUGUGGAUCAAUUUAGAAAAACCAAAAUGUAUAAUUUUAAAAAACUAAAACACAUUCUGAUAAACCCAGUGAUGUGUAAAUGAGAGAGAAUAGACAGGCUUCCAAACCCUGGGAAGCAAGUUGCUUCAUUAUGUGAGCAUCUUAAAAUGAAGCCUCUCACAGCUAAAAUUAGAUUUUGAGUCCAUGAAUAUGCAGUAAUGUUUGUAUACCAGAAUGCAUUUCCACCCCCCUUCAAAGUAGCAGGAGCUUCUUAGUUCUUAGGGGACCCCACGAAGAGAGAUGGAAGUGCUGGGUUGACAUUUGUGGCUGCAAGAAUUCUUGGGGCAUAGGUUUGUUUUCUUCAGACUGGAAACUCAUUGGAGGUGUUUGAAAUGUGACACCGCCAAAGUGGUUUGUUCAGAUUUAGGGAGAAAUUGGUCUGAACCCAUUUUGAUCACCAUUCAGUAUUGGGUGAGUUGGCCUGAUCAAGGCCGAAGUAGAAUGUAAAUUAUAAAGGGUCUGCAGAUUGAAGGGCUGGGUUGUGGUCCCAGCUCUUCUUGGCUGUGAUCUUGGACAAGCCUGUUUCCCUCUCUAGUCCCAGUGUUCCAUCCAUAAAGUAAAGGUAUGGUGGAUGCUGUUGGCUGUCGGUUGCAUCUCCAAUGUUUAGUCCUCCAUUUCCUUUCCCAGCAGUCCCCGAUUUCUGUUUGGGAACUUUAUGAUCUGGUAACUGACUCUGUCAUCAACUUCCAGGGGUGGGACGCAUGACCUGGGCUAAGCCAUCUGUCAGGCUACAGUGAUUGGUUCAGGGGUGGUCAUGUGACCUAAGGCAAUGCAGCCAGAGGGAAUUUCAAGGCUUUUUCUGGGAAUGCUGGGUAGAGCCUCUGUGUAUUCACCCUGGAUGUGAGAGAGGAAGCAGAUUAAUCCUGGGUCUUGAUGAUGGCCCUCCUGGGACCAUGGAGGGGAACCACUCUCAGUAUGAAGCUGACACCGCUGAAGAGAGAUUCAGGAGGCAGAAGGAAAACAGGUCCUUGGUGACAUUGUUAAGAACAAGCUCUGCCUGUGAUUGGCCCUACCUCGGGGUGGUUUUGUUACAUAAGCCAAUAAAUUUUCUUUAUUGUUUAAGUUGGGUUGACUUGGGUUUUUGCUUCUUACAGCCCAGAGCAGGGCUUGGAUUGGAGGCCCUGGGGCUCUGGCAGUAUCUGUGUCUAUGGCUGAUGUGGAUAAAGACUGAAACUCAGACCAAUAUGAACUGGUAGGAUUAGGGAAGC